CACAUUCCGGUCGAGACGAGCAACUUUUCAGGCACCAAGUACGCGCUGAUAAUCGGCAUCAACUACUACAACAAGGAUUACUCGCAGACAUCCAACAUCAACAGCGCGCACGCGUUCCGCAACAUCCUGGUUAGCCGCUUUGGAUACCUAGAAAAGAACGUCACGCUGCUCAGCGACGACCAGCAGGACCCAAGGUCGCACCCGACAUACAGCCUAAUUACGUCAAAUAUGAAGCGCAUGAUGCGCGAGGUGCGGCCCAACGACUCGGUGUUCUUCUACUACUGCGGGUUUGGCAAGCUGCCCAUGCAGGUCCAGGAUAAGCGGUCGGAGACGCUGUCAGCGGUUCGCAGGCUGCGGUCAGACUACAUCCUGCCCGGCGACUUUGAGACCGCCGGCGCGAUCGACGCCGCGUACUUGCACAAAUAUCUGGUUCGGCAGCUCCCGCAGUCAGCACGGCUCACAGCCCUGUUAAAUUGCAUCGUCAACGAGACCGGCCUGGGCGUCCCCUACAAGUAC